AUGGAGGAUGACUUUGGUUUCUCAUCGGUUUGGCAGGACACGACACCAAGAGCCGUAUCACCACCACUUCCAGAGCUAAAAAGAAGCGCCCUUUUGUCUUUCGAUGAUGCUUUUGAUGAUAAGGAGGAUGAUGCCCUCCAAAGCACUAUUUCGACAGUACUAAGCGAUGAACUCGGGGACGAAUUCGGGGACUUCGGGGAUUUUGGGGACGCUCAGACAUCCAACGCGUUCGAUGGCAUAGACUCAGGGGAUUUUCCAAGCACAUCCUUCACGGCGUCCAAUGGCUUUGAUCCUUUGCCGGCCGAUCCUGGCCCUUCCUCAGGGCAUCCCCUUCGGUUGCGCCCGAUGCCCCCUUUACAACAGCUGUCUAGAGAUGUAGAAGAACUUUUUGAGCCGAUGUAUGGUCACAUCGAUCCCAUGGAUUUUAUGACCAACGAGGGAAUUAGACAAGCUGAAGGAGACGCGCAGAUACUCGUCACUCCAGAGAGUCGGAAGCUAUACGAUUCGUUGAUAUCAUACGUCCCACCAACGCAGCAAGUCAACUGGACCCGUUCACGAAUAAGGCGACGCCAUCUUAUCGAACUCGGAAUCCCUGUCAAUCUCGACGAAGUUCUCCCUCAACCGACAGCUUUAAAAGGCCUCCCCACCCUUCGAAUUAGCACUCGACCCAUGUCGGCACCGCCUGGACCGCGGCUUGAAAAGCAUCUUAACGGCGUUACAGGAAACCGGUCAAGCCAAUCGCGGACGCAAACUCCACAAGGAAGUCCUACCGCCGCAUCUUCUUUGAAGAUCGGAUCGAAACCAGUGCUAGAUAAGGACAAGAUUGACCGUGUUCUUUCCCUUGAUCCAGAUACACUGCCACUGCUUUCGGUAACAACCUUGAUGGCACACUUGGAGACGCUGCAAGCGUUGACACUCUCAACAUCGGAGUUGCUAUCGUACCUGCUACAACAACGAGACGCACUGCAACAAGACUCUGAGGCAUACAACAAACUAAUCGGAGGGUUAGUUGUCGAAGCUCAGAAAAUGAAGUCCGGUGCAAAGGGCAAGGCCAGCAGCAUGCGGGGAAGUACGUUCACAUGA